UCUCCUCCCCCAGAGCCCCCUUCCCAUAUGCUCACUCUGUGCCCUAAUGAGCUGGUCCCCAGAUGAGUGCAGGGGGUGGGAAGAGCCCCCGGGUGACAGACGUGCCCUCUGUGCCAGGCUGGUGGAGAAGCCCAGCAGUGGGUCUGCAGAACACCCAGAGUCUGGCCCGGGACCCAUCGUCACCCGCACGGCCUCAGGACCUGCCCUGGCCUUCUGGCAGGCAUUGCUGGCGGGGGACGUGGGCUCCGUCUCCCGCAUCCUCGCCGACUCCAGUGCUGGCCUGGCACCAGAUUCCAUCUUUGAUACCAGCGACCCAGAGCGAUGGAGGGAUUACCGCUUCAACAUUCGCGCUCUGAGACUCUGGUCUCUGACUUACGAAGAGGAGCUGACCACCCCACUGCACGUGGCAGCCAGCCGGGGCCACGCGGAUGUGGUGCAGCUGCUGCUGAGGCGGCGGGCAAAGCCAGACAGUGCCCCUGGGGGCCGCACCGCCCUGCACGAGGCCUGUGCCGCAGGCCACACUGCCUGUGUCCAUGCGCUGCUGGUGGCAGGAGCCGACCCCAACAUCCCUGACCAGGAUGGGAAACGCCCCUUGCACCUCUGCCAGGGGGCUGGCACCCUCGAGUGUGCAGAGAUGCUCCUGAGGUUUGGGGCGAAAGUGGAUGGUCGGUCCGAGGAGGAAGAGGAGACCCCUUUGCACGUGGCCGCUCGGCUGGGCCAUGUGGAGCUGGCAGACCUACUUCUAAGACGGGGCGCGGACCCAGAUGCCCGAGACGCUGAAGGCUGGACACCGCUGCUGGCUGCCUGUGACACCCGNNNCCCCCCCGCCACUGACCCCGAGGCCACCGCAGCCCGCUGCCUCCAGCUGUGCCGCUUGCUGCUCUCAGCCGGUGCCGACCCCAAUGCUGCCGACCAGGACAGGCGGCGGCCCCUGCAUCUGGCCUGUCUUCGCGGCUAUGGGGCCAUCGUGGAACUGCUCCUGUCCUGUGGCGUCAGUGUCAACGCCAUGGACUAUGGGGGACACACAGCCCUGCACUGUGCUCUGCAGGGCCCCCCCUUGGCCCUGGCCCAGAGCCCAGAGCAUGCAGUGCGAGCUCUGCUCAACCACGGUGCCGUCCGAAUCUGGCCUGGGGCUCUCCCCAAGGUGCUGGAACGCUGGUGCACGUCCCCGCGGACCAUCGAGGUCCUGAUGAACACCUACAGUGUCAUGAAGCUUCCUGAGGAGGCCGCGGGUCUGGUACCUCCUGAAAUUCUGCAGAAGCACCACCGAUUCUACUCCUCCCUCUUCGCCUUGGUGAGGCAGCCCCGAUCGCUGCAGCACCUGAGCCGCUGUGUGCUCCGAGCUCACCUAGAGGCCUGCCUGCCCCACGCCCUGCCCCGCCUUCCCCUGCCACCCCGCCUGCUCCGCUACCUGCAGCUGGACUUUGAGGACGUGCUCUACUAGAUGAACGCUGCACUUGGAGAGAGCCUAAAAGCAAGUGCCCCAGACACCAGGGGCUCUGGGCCUGCUUCUCACAGUGCACCAAACCCAGGACUGAACGGAACCAACUCAAGCCCAGGUGGCCCUCUCAGCCAGAGGUCCAUCUCCACGGGCAGAGUGGAUGCUGCCAUUCCCACCAGGGAGAGGCGGAUGGACCAUGUUUGUUGGAGAGAGAGCUAGGACUCAUGGCAAGUGAUACUCUCCUCUUGGGGGGUCUCCUGGGAUCCCCUCUGGACAGUCCGAAUCCUGCAUGCACAUUAAAGUCUCCAGACCUGUGUUGUUUGGUAUUAUCUCCAACAGGCCUGCCUCUGAGCUGGCCCACUCACUGGGGCCUCAGGAUGGGCAGACUGGAUCUGUUCCAUGGUGCCAGCUGUGUCACCUUCCCCCUCUGGCAUCCACCAGCUGUUGAGGGAUCCCAGGCAGAUCCCUGCCCCUGUGCCCCGUGAUGGUGUCAGAAAAG